GGCGGUCGCUAGUGGCGGGCGAGCCGGCGGCAGGCGUGACCGCAGCUGCCGAUCAGGGGCACAGACAGGGCCGGCGAGGGGCCGCCGAGCUCACGGGACAGUGGCCAGGGGCGCAGCGGCCGUCCGCCAGUCCGUGCGUCCGUCCGUUCUUGUCCGGUGGUGGGCCUGCGGGCCGCUCGUGUCGCCAAGGUGGAGUGUCGGACGGACGGCCUGGAGGAGCUCCAGGCGAUGGCGGAGAUGGACAGUUACGUGCCGAACAACCCGCACUUCGGUUACGAGACGGGCCCGUGGCAGCCGCUGACGCCUCCGCCGCCGCCGCCGCCACCGCCGGGUCGCUACGGCUACACGGGGUCACCGGAGCCCGGCCCGCUGCCGGGCACCCUAGCUCCGGACCCGCCGCUGCAGACCUGCCACACGCCCGACCCCAUGAUCAACGGCCUGUCGUUCAACGCACUGGAUUUUGAGCCGCUGCCGCACGUCUACACUAUCAGCAGUCACAGGGAGUUCAGUCCACCGGUUCGGGAGCGGUCACCGACGCAGGAAAUGAACGACUUCUUCUUCCCCAUGAAACACCACGGCGCCACUGCAGGUGCCCUGUCACCGACAGGCGGGUCCUCCGGUCAUCUGGUGUCACAGAACAGCCUGACACCGAACCCGCAUACAUUCGGCAGCCCUGCCAAUCAGCAGCUGGCGGGCCUGUUCCCUCCCGGAGGUCACACCGUUGACCCGACUGGCUCCCAGAUGUUCCCCAGCAUGUCAGUCAACGUCAGCAUGAACAUGAACAUCGGCGUGUCACCCGGCUACCAUAUCCAGGAGGAGUCCUUCGCACCGCAGCUGCCGUGGAGCAGCAGUCCGCCGCAGUACCCGUCGGGAAUGUUCAGUCCUCAGCCGCCGCUGGUCAGCCCGCUCGCCAUGCCAGCUAGCUCUGCGACAGCGCCGUACAGCUCGUCGGCGAGUUACGCGGCGUUCACGGCCGAGCUGCGGCCCGAGGUCAGCUGGACGGCUGCAGCUGCCGCCCAGCAGCAGCAGCAGGUCGAGCAGCGCGGCCACCAGCUGGCCGCCUCGCUGCGCUCCAGUCUGCGGCGCGUCGACCCGGCCGGCUACUCGGCCCACCUGGACGAGUCGCUGCUGUACGUGUGCAAGGCCGAGCCGCCGCCGCCGGUCGGCCAGCUCGACAAGACCAACGUCUGUCGAGUAUGCAGCAAGGCGUACGCCCGGCCGAGCACGCUCAAGACCCACAUGCGCACCCACAGCGGCGAGAGGCCGUACAAAUGUCAUGAGUGCAACAAGUCGUUCUCGCAGGCGGCGAAUCUGACGGCCCACGUGCGGACCCACUCCGGCGAGAAGCCGUUCUGCUGCCCGAUCUGCGAUCGCCGGUUCAGUCAGUCCUCCUCGGUCACCACUCACAUGAGGACACACUCGGGCGACCGCCCCUACAGAUGCCGCAUGUGCAAGAAGUCGUUCAGCGACUCGUCCACCCUGACCAAGCACAUGCGGAUACACAGCGGAGAGAAGCCGUACCAGUGCCGCAUCUGCAUGUUGCGCUUCUCGCAGUCGGGCAACCUGAACCGGCAUAUGCGCGUGCACGCCUCCAGUGUGUGCUGACAGUGGCAGCAAGAGGCGCCGAACACAGUGAGUGUAGAUCUCCGACAGGGACACAACUGCUAGUCUAGUUACCAACUGUGUGUCAUCGAGAGGGACGAUAGAUCGUCGAGAAAAAUGUAAAAGAAGAGUUGCGUUUCGUGGUAAGAAGACCUUUGGGGAGAAACCCAAAUGCAACAGCAUACCAGCAAAGGAUAAACUUCUGAGGAGCAGUUCAGAACCACUCAAAGCCCCAAGUAGAGAGUUAACAUGAGAUACACUAAGCGAAUGGAACUGUGAGAAACAUUCCCCUCUCCUCUAUCGUCCAGUAAGCGCUGGACCAUUCCACUGUUGGACAAUGUGGCAUUGAACUGGAGUGGACUAACGUUAAAAAGUCGGCUAUUUGUGUGAUGAGCAGCGGGUCGAACGCGUUCAGAAAAAAAGAUAAGGGGGAAGUGUUCCGUGGAUUGACCUGAAGAAGUAGAAAUGUGGCAUUGUUAGCUGUCUGUCUAUCGUUCAGAAAGUUAUCUCUUUCUGAAGUUCAGUUUGAACGACAUUGACUAGGAUUCUGCAUUACAGACUUUGCAGCUCAUACCUAUUCAAACUACGAGUUUAACUUUUGUUGCCGCGCUGUUAAUGUCGGAGAAGCAUUUCUGUUGAAUUCGUAAAAUGGUUUGCUUGCGUACUACUACAUACAAUUCUGUGAUACUCUUUAUUCAUUACUUAUCCUUCUACAAUGCAAAAGUGGAACUGGAAACAUAUCUAUGAUCUUACACCAAAUGUGUUGAUAUGUUUUGUUUUGGAAAGUUUUGUUCAUCCUCAAUUGUCCUAACAUACUCCAGACAUUGACAAAUGUAUUCGCUUUUUGUCGCGAGAUAAUGUCAACAUUGAGUGCUUGCAGAGGAUUCUGAAAUGGUAAAGGUAACAUGAUAUUUUCUCGUCUUCGGGAGUGUGAAAGAAACAUUCGCUUAGUCUGAUACUGUUGAAUGAUAAAGGUGCCCAGCUUGCACUUUCGAAGAUCUGUGAGUCAUAGAGAAUGGAGAAACGCUCAAUGAUAUUGUGUCUAGUCGCUCAGCAGGUGGCUGCUUUACUAUUACCAAAGGACCGUGGGGCGGCAGAGGCUGAUCAGGUGAACGUGUGUGCUGAUUAGUCUACUCUGCUUGUGGUGUGUAUGUGUACUGUGAAUGUCAGUAUGUGCCAGUGGAAUUAUGUAAUACAUGUCACAUGUAAGA